AUUGUUGCUUAUUAUAUUGUUCAACAAUAAAUUGUGUGCCGUGUUCUUAAAAAAAUUAUUGUGAUAAAACAAAUAAAAUGAAGAAAGAGGAAAAAUUAUAUAUAAAAAGUCGCGUGUCGGCGUUAAGGUUCAAAGCUGCGCAGAAAUAUAACAUUUCACCAUCGAGUUGUCAUAUUGGACAUCUAGUGUUGCAGGGGAUGUUGGAUGAACCAGAAAAUUUAAAUCAAAUUGACGGUGCAACCGAUGCGCGGGAAACUAACCUGUCAGUGGCCACUCGGUCCAUGCGGCUCGCCAGCGCAAUGAACAAUUAUGGCCUCAAGCCCGGCGACCCUGUCAUCGUCAUGGGCCCCAAUCACCUCGAUAUGGCCAUCCCGUACUACGCCUGCCACUAUGGCGGAUUCCCGCUCUGCGGAAUGGACCCCCACACCGGCGAAGCGGAUCUCAAAGGCCUAUUCCCUUACAUCCGUCCCAAAAUGAUGUUCUGCCACAAAGCCAACCUCGAAUGUGUAAAGAAAGCCUUCGCGAUGAUUGAACAAAAUGGAAAAAUUAUAGUUUUCGACGACGAUGCUAUCAACAUGGAGAGUUUUAUACAGGAAUUCAAUGGAACAGAAGUUAAUUACCGCCCAAAUGAGUUUGAUCAUUCCAAAAUCCCUGCUUGGCUGAUUCUGACCAGUGGUACCACAGGAAUGCCUAAAGUAGCGGUCAUUCCGUACGACACCUUACUUAAUGGAAUUAUCUCCUGGUGGGAAUGGUACCACGUUAAAAUACAAACUACCCUGAGCAUGUCCACCUUCCAAUGGUUAUCAUCCCUGGUCUUCUUCAUCAGCGGUCCCUUGAGGUCGUACACGAGACUUCAGUUAUCUGUACCGUUGACGCCACAAUUACUUGUUAUGACCAUAAAUAAAUAUAGGCCGGACGUGACAGCUUGGACGCCGCAUCUCCUGGGCCAGUUCCUGCAGGCCACGGAAAAGAUCUGCGACCUGACCUGCUUCAAGUGCGUUAUCAUCUCCGGCAGCCCCAUGGAGAAGCCUAUUCUUGAAAACUUUCAAAAAAGAUGUCCAAGCGCUUUCUUAUACCUGGUCUAUGGCAUGACUGAGCUCCUGGUGCCGGGUUUCGACUACACAAACCAAACCCCCUUUGGGUCAGUUGGAAAGCCUUACGAUAAAUAUGAAUAUAAACUAGUGAAUGACGAGGGACAAACAGAGGAGAAACCGUUCAAAACUGGCGAACUAUGGAUUAAAGGAGAUGUAUUCUUCAGGGGCUAUCUUAACAACCCAGAAGAGACUAAGAAAAUGAUAACCGAUGACGGUUGGUUCAAGACUGGGGACAUGUUCUACAGAGACGAUGACAAUAAUUAUUAUUUUGUUGAAAGACAACGACUUUUAAUCAAAAGCGCUGGUUAUUGGAUUUCCCCAUUACAACUGGAGGAAGUGAUCAAGAAGCACCCGGCAGUGAACACGGUGUGUGUAGUGGGCAUCCCGGACAAACAGCUGAUGGAAGUACCAGUGGCCGCUAUCGUCAGGAAAAACGGACAGCAGUUCGAGCCUGAGGAGCUCUUCAAACACAUUAAUGACGUGCAACCAGAGUUCCGACGUCUCCACGGCGGCUACUUCUUCCUGGAUGCACUGCCGGUCACAGCGUCAGGCAAGGUGCACCGCACCAUGAUCAAAGAAAUCGCUCUCAAGGCAGAGAGAAUCUUACCCUCAACGCCUUCCAAAUACAGAGUGGAUUUAAGCAAUUUGACAAAAUGAUUAGGUCUAUAACAAGACCUAAGUCUUGUUUAUAAUGCUUACUUCUGGUUUAAACUUCGUGACUAGUUUAACGAACUUAUGUAGAUCUUUUCAUUAUUUAUUUGGUUUGUAAAACUUAUUUAAUUGAUUUCUAUUAGUGUCUUUAGGCAGUAAAGUAUUGCCCACAGAAACAUAAAAACAAAGGAAUGUAAUCGAAUUUUUCGAAUCGAAUGAAUGUUUUUUGCGAUAUAAGCACCGCCUUAAUGAAGUGAGAUCUUGUUAUGUCGUUCAUUUGAUCAUUUAGAAAUAAUUAUAUUUACACAGCGUAAGGAACAUAAAUAAUUAAAAUUAAUCCUGUUUCAAUGUAAUUAAAUAUCUGCUUUCAAAGUAAUAUUAUUUAGGUAUUAAAAUUGCGUGAUAUUUAAAAAGUAUGUUUAGGUCUAGGUUAAUUAAAUAAACUUAUUUAAUAUUUUUAAGAUCUUAUUUUUAAGAUAAUAAGAAAUGUUCUAAACUACAAAAUAAAGAAUAUAAAAUAUU